AUGUCGUUCUGUCAUGGCUCUUCCGCAUCUCCAACAGGGAGUAUGACUUCCCCGUCGUAAGUACCUUUGAUGUUAUUAUUACUGAUUAUUCUGUAUUUGUAUGCAUUAUAUAAAUCAUUAUAAUAAUAUAAUUGUUCAUAUAUUGUAACAUAAAUGUAAAUAUAUAAAUAUUGUAAACAAACAAAGUCAUAAUUUUAGGGUGUCCGAGAAUACGAAGAUAAAUGUGCCAUAUCGAUUACAUCGUAUUUAUCGUACUCAACCAAUCCCGCUCACUCGAGUAGAACAAAAGGAAAAUGUUGUCCAUCUUGAACAAUUCUUGCGAUGUAGUUUUCAGUCUUCCUCCGACAAUGGAGUUAAAACGGAUAGAGACACUGAAGUAGAAAGCCAGUUAGAAAGAGCUCUUGGGUUUCUAAGCGAAGAGGCGAACUCAACGCAAGCCAUAGAAAAACCUUAA